AUGUCUUCAACUGAACAACACCUUUCCAACAUUGUGGCCUCCCUCAAGGACAUCUAUACCUUCAUGCAGAAACAGGAAGGUAUUAACCAAUCCAUCGAGGAUCGUAUCACUUCCACUCUUGACCGCUUCAAUGCCACUGAUGAACAUCUCAGGGCCAACGAUGCUCGUCUCAACUCUGUUGAGGCCACUAUGGGCGGAAUUCUCCAGGCCAUUAAAGCAAUUUCCCCUUCUGCCUCCAGCACUCCUUCACCUCUUCAUGUUACCUCCAAAGGUACCUCUGCUGGAUCUACAUCCAAGCCUAGUACUCAACCACUUCCUAGGCUGCCAUUGCCACCAAAUCAGAUCGAAAUUUCGAUUGACAAUCUCCGAUUUCUGGACCUCAACUUCCCCGCUCGCAACACCAUUGGAGUUCUCCUUCACGAAGCCUAUCUCGACGAGUUCAAGGCGAAACUUCUGGAAAUCGACACCCAACCAAUCCAGAAUUUCGAUCCAUUGGAUCAUCAUCACGUCGCUGAUCCCAAAUACCAUGAUCUCUCUGAGGAACGUCGCCUCCAAUUAGCCCAUGCUCUCCACCAGGACCGUUGCAUCCGAACUCUCUACUUCAUCCGUCCUCAUCUCGUUCCUGGUGUUGCUAAGUACUUUGUUCGACAAGGCUGGGUACCUCACACCAUGGCUACUGAUAUCAUUAACCAACGCCUCCCUCGUCCCGCCAAGCGCCGACCUGCCCCUCACUUUGCUACUGCCCAGGCCUUGCAAGCCUCCCAAUCCGCUGCCACUACGGCCCAACUGAUGUUCUCACAGAACAUGGAUGUGCUCUUUUGGGAACAUCGAUGUUCUCAUUUGAGACGGUGUAGUUUUCCACAUGAAUAA